UGUCUGCUAUCCUUUUCCACUUUGCACUGUUCAGCAAUCGGUCACCAACGUCUCAGUAACAUUAGCCGUCUAUAACAGUACGCGGUACAACAUAACCAUGACGAAAAAUCGAGUUUUUGUCAUUGGAGUCGGGAUGACGAAGUUUGAGAAACCAGGUCGCCGUGAGGACUUUGAUUACCCAGAUAUGGCUAAAGAGUCCGGAACCAAAGCUCUGAAGGAUGCUGGGAUAUCAUUUAAAGACGUUGAACAUGUAUCAGUUGGUUAUUGCUAUGGCGACACAACAUGUGGACAAAGAGCAGUGUAUCAACUUGGAAUGACUGGAAUUCCUAUUUACAAUGUGAAUAACGCAUGCUCCACUGGUUCUACAGCACUGCUGAUGGGAAAACAGCUGAUUGAAGGAGGCCUUGCAAACUGUGUCAUGGCUCUGGGAUUUGAAAAAAUGCAGUCAGGACCCCUCUCAUCAUCGAACAUGGAUCGCACAAGUCCGAUGGAUAAACAUUUACAACUGAUGGCAGAUACUAGAGGUAUCACUGGAUCACCUUUAAUGCCACAAAUGUUUGGAAAUGCUGGCAGAGAACAUAUGGAAAGAUAUGGAACAAAACCAGAGCACUUUGCUAAGAUUGCUUGGAAAAAUCACAAACACUCUGUCAACAAUCCAUAUUCUCAAUUUCAAGAUGAAUACAGCUUAGAAGAUGUACUGAAGUCACGUAUGAUGCAUGAACCAUUGACAAAGUUACAAUGUNNNCCCACCUCUGAUGGCAGUGCUGCAGCCAUUCUUGCCAGUGAAGAUUAUGUCAGAAAACAUGGUCUGGAAAAACAAGCAGUGGAAAUUGUGGGAAUGGAAAUGGCAACUGAUUUACCUAGUACAUUUGAAGAUAAAAAUUCCAUGAAAUUGAUUGGUUAUGAUAUGACCAAAAGAGCGGCUGAUAAUCUUUAUAAAAAAACAGGAUUGCGACCUGAUGACUUCCAAGUUGUUGAAUUGCAUGACUGUUUCUCUGCAAACGAGUUAGUCACGUAUGAAGCACUGGGUCUUUGUGGAGAAGGUAAAGCUGGUGAGUUCAUUGACCGAGGUGAUAACACAUAUGGUGGCAAGUUUGUUGUCAACCCUAGCGGUGGAUUAAUAUCCAAAGGGCAUCCAUUGGGUGCUACAGGCUUAGCACAGUGUUCCGAACUGUGUUGGCAGCUGAGAAACCAAGCAGACAAACGUCAGGUAUCCGGUGUAAAGGCAGCAUUACAGCAUAAUAUUGGACUUGGAGGUGCAGUGGUUGUCACCGCUUACAAACUAGGUUUCCCAGAGCAUCAAAGUGUACGCCCAGUCAUGACAGGAGGUGGAGAAUUUAAGUCUGCUCCAAUCUUCAAGGAGAUUGAGAAACGACUCAGUGAUGAAGGAGCAACCAUUGUUAAAAAAAUGAAAGCUGUCAUUGCUUUCAAGGUAACCAAUGGUCCAGGUGGGCAAACUAGGACUUACCUUGUGGAUGCAAAGAAUGGCAGUGGGUCAGUUUCAGUGGAUUCUAACAAAAAAGCUGAUGUAACAAUGACAUUGAAAGAUGAAGAUCUUGCCAACUUGAUGACAGGAAAACUAAAUCCACAGCAGGCAUUCUUCCAAGGGAAGUUGAAGAUCACUGGUAACAUGGCAUUGGCGAUGAAACUACGAGAACUUCAACCCAAAACACCAUCAAAGUUGUAAAACAUUAUAUGGUUAUCUCCAGUAUUUGAUGAAAUGCAGAUGAUGUUCCACCGUGCCUCAAAAGUGUUCAUUAACAUUCAUAGAAAAUGUGGCAUCUGAUUUAUUAUAUUAAUUAAACAGUAGUGUUCUUUAUUGCGUAGAGACAAACAAUUUUUUACAAUUAAGACAAGAGAGUGACAAAAGUGAUAUUUAAAUCAUAAUGUUGCAAUUAAUUAUGCAAUAAAUUUUAGAAGAAAUAAAUAGGAUGGAUGGACACAGAUUUGAACACUGAUUUGAUCACUACAAAUAAUCAGUCAUGGUGUAAGUGUAAUGCUGGUAAUACAACUAAAUGUACACUUGUGGUUGUAAAUAUUCAUGAUUUAUGGAAGAGAAGUAAAGUCUUUAACA